UAGCUGCUAAAAUGGAUUAAAAUAUUCAUGUAAGACCCUUACACAUAUGAGUCUGUAUCCUCAUGAGAACAGGAGAGAGAUAGAGAAAGAGAUGAUUUUCAAAAGAUAAACAUAGAAAAAAGAGAAACUCAAAUUAAUCAAAGAUAUAAUAUAAUGUGUAUUAUUUAUAGAUCAGAUCACAUCUUUAAGCUUCUUCUUCUCCUUCUUCGACUUCUUUUCUCGUCUACUCUUUCUCUUCUCAAACUCAAUAGAACAGAAACUCUUACUAUAGACCAGAAAGCAGAUCUGGGAUUUUGUUUUCGUUGAUGUCUUCAUACGGAGAAGUAUUUCAAUCAGGAUCCAUGGCUUUUGAGUAGGUUAAUGUAUUACACCAUCACAAAUUAAGAAUACUCGUUGAUGCAAAAAAAGAAGUAAGACUGUGGCUAAAGUGAAGGCAGUGGCUAAUACGCGCCAAAGUGGGAGCGUGAGGUUAAUUUUAUAAAUUUUUUAAAUGGAGGAGGAAAGCCAAAAGCCGCAUCGAGUGUCACGUAAAUUAGAGCAGAGUGAAUCCCACUGUAAUAGUCAAGGAGGAGGCGAUGAAGAGCCGAGAUCAGCCAGAUGCUCCCGGAAAAGGUGCCGGUCUUGGGCGGCGGCGGGGAUCGCUGACUGCGUGGCGCUCUGCUGUUGUCCCUGCGCCGUGGUGAACCUCCUCACCCUCGCCUUCGUUAAGGUCCCCUGGAUGAUCGGGCGGAAAUGUAUCGGCCGGAGUAAGAAGAAGGGGAGGAACCGGGACGAUCGUUUACAUGAGCAGCAGCAGCAGAAGCGGAGGUCGGCAGAGAUGGUGAGCGGUGGUGGAUGUUGCGGUGGCGGAGAUGACGACCACCGGUUUGUGGUGGAGAGAGAUGGGAGUUUGACGAAGGAGGAGGAAGAAGAAAGAAGGGGGGCGUCGUUAGAAGAAGAGACGAGGAUAAGUGCGAGAGUGGAAGCAGAGAGAGUUUGGUUGGAGUUGUAUCAGAUUGGUCAUCUUGGCUUUGGUCGAGUCUCCUUCACUGGAAUUCAAUCAAUUCAUCAUCAGUAGUAAUCAAUCAGUAAUCUAAUCAAUCAUUAAUAGAGAGUCAGAGAGAUACAUAUAUUCAUAGCUAGGCAGGCGUAUCAUUUCCAAAACAACAUCAAAAUAGUAAUAUAUACAUAAAAAUUGUUUUGUGAAAUUCUUUUAGUGCAGCAAAUAAAAUUCCACAAUUACAUAUU